AUGGCUCUCAAGCGCAUUAACAAGGAACUCAGCGACCUCGGACGGGAUCCCCCCUCAUCUUGCUCCGCUGGUCCCGUUGGUGAUGACUUGUUCCACUGGCAGGCAACUAUUAUGGGUCCCGGUGACUCGCCUUACUCGGGAGGCGUCUUCUUCCUCACUAUCCACUUCCCUACCGACUACCCCUUCAAGCCCCCCAAGGUCAACUUUACCACUCGCAUUUACCAUCCCAACAUCAACUCCAAUGGAAGUAUUUGCUUGGAUAUCCUGCGUGACCAAUGGAGCCCGGCUCUGACCAUUUCCAAAGUGCUGCUCUCUAUCUGCUCGAUGCUCACAGACCCCAACCCGGAUGAUCCCCUCGUGCCCGAGAUCGCGCACGUCUACAAGACCGAUCGCCCCCGUUACGAGGCUACUGCACGUGAGUGGACUCGCAAGUAUGCCAUUUAA